UUAAAAAACAGAGAACCGACCUAUAGCGAGAGAGAACUUUCAUGACUCAUAAACAAUCUUCCUUGCUAAGUAUCGGAUCAAGAAAUAUCAAGAUCGAUAAGAUAAUAUUUGAUCUCAGCCUACAUUAAAUACUCGACACGAUCGUCUCGUGGAGAGGACAGAAACCCGGAAUUUGAAAGAGAGAACGGACGAAAAAAAAUGUUGAAAAAGAUCUUCUUUUUGGGUUCGGUUCUGGUUCUGGUUCUUGCCGUCGUAGCUGCCGCCGGAGAACCGGUGUGCCCGGAGUCGGACAGUCUCGGACGGGGAAGCUUCCCCGAUGGUUUCAUGUUCGGUGCUGCGAUUUCUGCUUUUCAGCAUGAAGGUGCUCCUGAAGAAGGCGGCAGAGGUCCAAGCAUAUGGGAUUCAUUUGUGCUUAAACAUCCAGAAAGAUACAAUAACCCUGACGGCAAGGCCCGGGACGGCAGGCUGGGAGUUGAUUUCUACCAUCACUAUAAGGAAGAUAUUCAGUUAUUGAAAAAGUUAAACAUGGAUGCCUUGAGGUUUUCCAUCUCCUGGCCGAGAAUAUUUCCUCAUGGGAGAAAAGACAAGGGAGUGAAUGAAGCAGGAGUCAAAUUUUACAACGACCUAAUCAACGAGCUCAUAGCAAAUGGAAUAACACCUUUUGUGACCCUUUUCCAUUGGGAUGUCCCCCAGGGCCUUGAAGAUGAAUACAACGGUUUUUUGAGUAGCCGCAUAGUGGAGGAUUUCCGGGAGUUUGCAAAGUUUGCUUUCGAUGAAUAUGGUGAUAGAGUGAAGCAUUGGGUCACUAUAAACGAGCCUUAUGAGUUCAGUCGUGGUGGCUAUGACACGGGAGAAAAGGCUCCGGGACGAUGUUCCAAAUACGUCAACGAGAAAUGCCAUGACGGGCAAUCUGGACAUGAGGUUUACACUGUUAGUCACAAUCUCCUCUUGGCUCAUUCCGAAGCUGUGGAAGAAUUCAGGAAAUGUGAAAAGUGCAAAGGUGGCAAGAUUGGCAUUGUGCAAAGUCCCAUGUGGUUUGAACCUUACGAUCCGAAAUCCACUUCACCUCCUCCGCAGGAAAUAGUUAAGUCAGCCCUUGAUUUCACCUUAGGCUGGCAUAUGUCCCCUAUAACCCACGGAGAUUACCCACAGAAGAUGAAGGACAAUGUCGGGGAAAGACUGCCAUCAUUCACGCCUGAGCAAAAGCAGAAACUCAAGAAUUCUUACGAUUUUAUCGGUAUCAAUUACUACAGUUCUGCAUUUGUUGCUCAUGUAGCCGAUGUGGAUCCACAGAAACCGACAUGGGAGGCCGAUUCUCGUGUUCAAUGGCAUUUGACAAACAUCGAUGGGUACAAGAUUGGUACACAGCCUCCGACAGCCAAAUUUCCAGUUUCUGCGGAUGGUCUGAAAAAGAUCUUGAAUCACAUCAAAGACAUCUAUGGCGACCCAGAAAUCAUCAUAACCGGAAACGGAUACAAGGAGAUGCUUGGAGACAAGGAUGGACUUAUCCCGGAUGCGACCAGUGAUCACAACAGAAAAUACUGUCAUAUGAGACAUCUUAUGAAUCUGCAUGGAGCUGUCUGCCAAGACAAGAUGAACGUGAAAGGGUAUUUCGUGUGGUCGCUUAUGGACGGAUUUGAGUGGGAAGACGGGUUCGGGACGAGGUCUGGACUGUACUACAUAGACUACGGAAGCGACAACUUGACGAGGCAUGAGAAGGCGUCGGCGAAAUGGCUCUCGAAACUUCUGGAGAAAGACCCGAAUUCGAUCCGUUCGAAGGGAGCUUCUGAUGCCAAGAAGGAGCUAUAAAUGAAGGCUAAAUGAAAAUAAUCCCCUCAGAGAGUCGAUGUUAUAAUACGAUACUGUAAUUAUAUGUUUGGUCUUUAACGUGAAACGCAUGCAAGCCGUGGAGUUAUGUUAUAUAUAUAUAUAUAUAUAUGUUGGAGUUAAUAAAAAUAUCUUUCUCA